GCGGCUGCUCCGGGGCCUGUGAGAGGGAAAGCGGCGGCGGUUGGGAGAGGAGAGGCCGGGGGACCGGGGGUAUGAGCGGCUGCUGACAGAGGCCGGUUCCCCGGGAGGGAGGGAAGCGCGAGAGUGAAGGGCCGGCAGCAGCGGAGGGAUCUCGGGAGAACGUCAUGGCCUCGAACGGCGGCGGCGGCGCAAUUUCCAUCAUUGGCAGCGCCAGUAAAACUAAAACCAAGAAGAAACAUUUCGUGUGUCAGAAAGUGAAGUUGUUCCGCGCCAGUGAGCCGCUCCUCAGUGUCCUCAUGUGGGGGGUCAACCAUACGGUCAAUGAGUUGAGCAAUGUCCCCGCUCCUGUCAUGCUGAUGCCGGAUGACUUUAAAGCCUACAGUAAAAUUAAAGUGGACAAUCACCUUUUCAACAAGGAGAACCUGCCAAGCCGUUUCAAGUUCAAGGAGUACUGUCCCAUGGUCUUCCGAAACCUGCGAGAGAGGUUUGGAAUCGAUGAUCAGGAUUACCAGAACUCAUUGACCCGCAGCGCUCCAGUAAACAGCGAGAAUCAAGGGCGGUUUGGCUCGCGUUUCCUCACCACUUACGAUCGUCGGUUCGUCAUUAAAACAAUAUCCAGCGAGGAUGUGGCAGAGAUGCACAAUAUCCUAAAGAAAUACCACCAGUUUAUAGUGGAGUGCCAUGGAAAUACUCUGCUGCCUCAGUUCCUGGGGAUGUACAGACUCACUGUGGAUGGAGUGGAGACCUACAUGAUUGUCACCAGAAAUGUAUUCAGUCAUCGACUUGGGGUUCAUCGCAAGUACGACCUGAAGGGCUCCACAGUGUCUAGAGAAGCCAGCGGCAAAGAAAAGGCCAAGGACCUGCCUACGUUUAAAGAUAACGAUUUUCUGAACGAGGGGCAGAAGCUGCACGUUGGGGAGGAGAACAAGAAGAUGUUCCUGGAGAAGUUAAAGCGAGAUGUGGAGUUUUUGUCUGUGCUGAAGAUAAUGGAUUACAGCCUGUUAGUUGGGCUGCAUGAUGUGGACCGGGCAGAGCAAGAAGAGAUGGAGGUGGAAGAGAGGGCAGAAGAGGAGGAGUGUGAGGACAGCUCAGGGAACCCCAUCUGCUCCUACGGAACCCCCCCGGACAGUCCUGGAAAUCUUCUCAACUUUCCACGGUUCUUUGGACCUGGAGAGUUUGACCCGUCCGUGGAUGUGUAUGCGAUGAAGAGCCAUGACAAUGCUCCCAAGAAGGAAGUGUAUUUCAUGGCCAUUAUAGACAUUCUUACUCCCUACGAUGCCAAGAAGAAAGCUGCACACGCCGCCAAAACUGUAAAGCACGGGGCUGGAGCAGAAAUCUCCACGGUGAAUCCGGAGCAGUAUUCCAAACGCUUCAUCGAGUUUAUGUCCAACAUCCUCAUGUAGCGCCGUCCUCUGCACUCCUCCUUCCUCCUCUUCCUCACACCCUUUUGCCCGGAGAGAUUAGCCUGACGCCUUGAGCCGGAGUGUGAGAGUCUGCAUGAGUGUGAAUGAACUGCAUGUCCUGUUUCUAGCAACUCCCGGUAUCCUGGGAAGGAUCUCGUUACUUACCCCUUCUGCAUUUUUACAUGAUUUUAAUAUUGAAAGUAAAGGUCAUUCUGAUGGGUCAAAUUAGUUUAUAAAUUAGAGUGCAGUCAGUACUUAGUGCCCUGUUGCUGAACUAUAAUUUACUGGGUCCUCCAACUGCCAGUCCCUUACAUGGAGGAUUUUGAGUGUUGUAGUUCAGCAAGGAUUUCAGACAAAUUGUCCCCUUACAUUUUUGUAGUUCAAGUAUUCACCACCACAUAUCACCCUUACCCCCUCAAAAUAAUAUCUGCCAUCCGGGGAGAUCCAGAGAUCAAAUAUUGAGAAAUAUCAUAGAAAAUAUACAUAGCAGUAUAGUCAAUGUCUGGAUACAAAUGUUUCAUAUUUUACUUGUAUUAUUAAAGGGGUUUUUCACCUUUAAGUUCCAUUUUAGUAUUAUACAAUGGCCAAUUCCAAGAAACUUUUCAAUUGGUCUUCAUUAUUUAUUUUUUAAAUUAUUUUCCUUCUUUUAAAUGGGGGAUCACUGACCCCAUCUAAAAAAAACGAAUGCUCUGAGAGGCUACAAAUACAUUGUUAUUGCUUAUUUUUAUUACUCAUGUUUCUAUUCGGACCCUCACCUAUUUAUAUUCCAGUCUCUUAUAUAUAUCAAUGCAUGGUUGCUAGGGUUAUUUGAACCCUACCAACCCGAUUGCUGAAAUUGCAAACUGGAGAGUAGGGAUGCAUGGAAUCCACUAUUUUGGAUUAGGCCGAACACCCGAAUCCUUUGCGAAAGAUUUGGCUGAAUAGCGAACUGAAUCCAAAUCCUAAUUUGCAUAUGUAAAUUAGGGGUGGGAAGAUGAAAACAUUUUUUACUUCCUUGUUUUAUGACAAAGGCAAGCAAUUUCCUUCCCCACCCCCAAUUUGCAUAUGCAAAUUAGAAUUCGGUUCAGCUGGGCAGAAGGAUUCGGCCAAAUCUGAAUCCUGCUGAAAAAGGCCGUAUCCUGGCCGAAUCCCGAACCGAAUCCUGGAUUCAGUGCAUCCCUACUGGAGAGCUUCUGAAUAAAAAGCUAAAUAACUAAAAAAAAACACAAAUGAAAAUGCAAAUUGUCUCAGAAUAUCCCUCUCUACAUCAUACUGACAGUUAACUCCCAGGUGAACAACCCCUUUAAGGUUUCUAGAAGGGCAAUGCUUAUCCAAAUCACCCAAUAAGUGAUUAAUAUUGCCAUUUACAUGUCCUUGAACUUCAUGCAGUAACUUCAGUAAAUCCAGUGCACUUUUUGGGGAGAUUAUUUCACCUUAACAUUGGUUCCAACCUUGAUCUUUAAUAAGUCUUUAGAUUCCUUGGACAGGAGUCCAUAGGUCACCUCUGAAUAUAAUACAGAUAAAUGAAAGCCUGUGUUUUGUGAAAGAGCUUAAAGGGAUACUGUUAUGGGGGAAAAAAAAAAAAAUCAAAACACAUCAGUUAAUAGUGCUGCUCCAGCAGAAUUCUGCACUGAAAUCCAUUUCUCAAAAGAGCAAACUGAUUUUUUUAUAUUCAAUUUUGAAAUCUGACAUGGGGCUAGACAUAUUGUCAAUUUCCCAGCUGCCCCAAGUCAUGUGAAUUGUGCUCUGAUAAACUUCAGUCACUCUUUACUGCUGUACUGCAAGUUGGAGUGAUAUCACCCCCUCCCCCCCCCCCCCCCAGCAGCCAAACAAAAGAACAAUGGGAAGGUAACCAGAUAGCAGCUCCCUAACACAAGAUAACAGCUGCCUGGUAGAUCUAAGAACAACACUCAAUAGUAAAAUCCAGGUCCCACUGAGACACAUUCAGUUACACUGAGAAGGAAAACAGCAGCAUCUUCUAAAGUGCAGGCACAAGUCACAUGACCAGGGGCAGCUGGGAAAUUGACAAAAUGUCUAGCCCCAUGUCAGAUUUCAAAAUUGAAUAUAAAAACAUCUGUUUGCUCUUUUGAGAAAUGGAUUUCAGUGCAGAAUUCUGCUGGAGUAGCACUAUUAACUGAUGCGUUUUUAAAAAAAAACAUGUUUUCCGAUGACAGGAUCCCUUUAAAUGUGACAGGAAAGGGUGACCGAGCCAAUAGGAUAAAAAAAAUAGUGUCACUGUCCAAAUAUUUAUGGAACAGACUGUUUUCUACACUGACAAGCUGGCUGGAUUUUAGAAAAUGUAAAACACUGCCAACAACAUAUUCCUUCUAUAAAUCAUCCCCCAGCAGAGAAGGUCCCAACCGUACAGGCACCCGUUGUGUUUAACCCAUCACUCCCCCUAGCGGAAGGCUGCAGAAUAGCGAAUUGUAUAAAAGGAAGCAGUUUUUCCUGUCCCAGGUCUUUAAUGUAAAGUGUUCUGUAAUCUGUUUACAUAUAAGGUAGCAUUCUGUUACAAAUGCUCAUUGAUUAGACAGUAUUGUUUUAUUAACAUGAUGCUAAAUUGUUUUUUUUUUUUUAUUUGUAAGAAAAAAGGGAUUUUUAUGCAUUUUUUUUAUGUUUAAAUCUCUUAGGUCAUCUUUUACUUUGGAACUUGUAUGUAUUUAAGAAAUAUUAAUCAUUGUAUAUCUGGUUGUCAGUUUUCAUUUUUUAAAUAAUGAUGUGAGCAUUAACCAUUGGUCCUCCCCACCUUUAUCCUUACAACAUGUGGGGGGAUGGGGAUGCACCGAAGCCGGGAUUCAGAUUCAGCUGAACCAAAUCUGAAUCCUAAUUUGUAUAUGCAAAUUAGGAGCGGGCAGGGAAAUCGUGUGAUAUCGUCACGCGUAAAAAAUGUUAUCCCCUUCCCACCCCUAAUUUGCAUAUGCAAAUUAGGAUCCGGUAUUCGGCCGAAUCUUUUGCGAAGGAUUCGGCCCAAAUCCAAAAUGGUGGAUUUGAUGCAUCCCUAGAAGAAUAUGCCCCUGCAAUAACCAUGGGGGAUUAAGCGGGGGAUAUCUGGACACCACAGUGGUAUUGGUGUCUUGUGUUGGCAGUGAACAGGUUAAUAUUUCCAGAGAUGAUCAUUUUGCCAUGUCUCCUAACACCCCCCCCCCUUCAAAAAAUGUACAAUUUAAUAAAGUGAGUGAUAUUG